AUGGCAGCCCUGUUACCAGCGGCUGGAGGCAGCUACGCCUACGUCACGGCCGGAAGCAAGGCCAUGGGAAGAUACGGAGACAUCGUUCCCUUCAUGCACGGCUGGAGCAUGCUGAUGAUGGCUGACCCCAUGAACGCGGCCUUCCAGGGAAUUACAUUUGCGAGUUACGCCCUCAGCCCACUGUAUGGAGAUUGCAGCCAACCGUACGCGGUGAAGGUACUCGUGGCACUCACGUUUACGGCUUUGGGAACCGCACUAAAUUGUUUUUCCGUGAAGACAUCAGCAUGGGUCCAAAACGUACUGUCCGCACUCAAGUGUCUCGUUCUGGUCUCGAUCAUCAUAACUGGGAGCGUCUGGUUGUUUAAGGAGAAUAAGCUUCUCGACUCUCCGUUUUUCACCCUCAACACAAAUCCGGCGAACAUUGUGGAAGCAUUCUAUGGAGCCCUCACGUGCUACAGCGGAUGGCAACACGUAACCUACAUAGCGGAGGAAAUUUCAAAUCCCACCCGAACCAUCCCACUGGCGUUGACGUCUGGGAUCCUCAUCGUCAGCUUGAUAAACAUCCUCAGCAACCUCGCCUACUUCGUGGUGCUGGACGCCGGCACAGUGGCCAAGUCAGAAGCCAUCGCCGUGUCCUUCGCUGCAGUCACCUGGGGAACUGCCGCAGCCUCCUGCUUCCCUGUGAUCGUGGCCAUCAGCGCCUUCGGAAACCUCUGCGGCGGUUUCUUCAGCAGCUCCAGGCUGAUCCUGGCGGCAGCAAGACAAGGCCAGAUGCCAUCCGUGUUUUCCUUGGUAACCGUGAAGUCCUCGGUGCCUCUAACGUCAGUCCUACUUCGUGGUUUUCUGUCGCUUGUGUAUACCUUUGCGGGUUCCGUAAGCUUCAUCAUCAACGGCCUCUCCUUCGUGGUUGCCUUGAACGAGACUCUAACGAUGAUUUGUUUCUUGGUGCUUCGGUAUUCUAUGAAAGACGCGCCGAGGCCUUUCAGGGUCCCAACAGCGCUUCCGGUUUUUUACUUGGUGAUACUUAUUUUACUGGUCGUCAUACCUCUGACCAGCCCGUCCGGGUACAUGCAGUACGUGGUCGUUGUUGUUGGCUAUUUAGUGGGCGUUUUAUGUUACAUCAUGCUGGAGUGA